AUGACUUCACAUUGUCAGCUUAUUUUUAUGUUCUGCGAUCUAAUAUUUAACUGUAUUAGCUUAUUUCCGAAGAGCCAUGAUGGAUUACUUGUAUUAUUCAUAUUCCAAGACUUAUUUUUAAUUCUCUCUGUGACUAUGAUGUUGAUGACUUUUUUCUCUACAUAUUUGUUUAAGCUUAGAAUGGUCAGAAAUAAAAUACUUUUCUUUUUAUUAAUUCUUCAGGCUGGUUUGUUGGAGGUAUUAAUCCGCAAAUUCCGUGCAGCGGGGUCUGUCAUUGCUGCAUACAUGGUAACCAGCGUGACUCUACAUGCUGUGUGGCUGCUUGAGAAGUGGUCGGAUCCGGAAUCUGUUUCUACACCAAUGCUGAUUGUGCUGUUUACAUUGCAAAGAUGCUUGUCACCAUGGUACUACUUCUUCUAUAAGCGUGCAGCUCUGCGAGUUAGUGACCCACGCUUCUAUGAGGACAUGGACUGGAUCAACAGACAGCUGCAGACACAUUAG